AGGUUGCAACGGUAGUAGCUCUUUUGUUUUGAUCAGAAGUUCAUAACACACCAUUAGAGAUUCAGAUCACAACCUUAAUAAUGUGCCCCUUAAAUUGAAGCCUUCGACCAACCUAGAAAUGCCUUAGUGAAGGAAAUGUUGCAGAACGAGGUAAUUAUGUCUGAAGAGGAGCUGAGGAUUCGAGAAGAGCUCGAAUGUGAAAUAGAGAGAGAUUUGGAGGAAGAGAUCAAGGACGGGAUAUACCACUAUGCUCUAAGAUUGCACCGGCUAUAUCAACACAAAAUGGAGAGGCAUGCAAUUACACGAGAGUGCAAGACACUUUACGAAGUGAAUAUAUGCAUAAGAAUGGAAGGUGGAAUCAAGAUUGAGAUAAAAGAGAAGACCAAGAUUAAGGAAGCUCCAGAAAAAGGACAGCUGACGACGAGCGCUAGAUCACUGAAUGCACAAACGUUUAAUGCCAAUAAGAAGUUUGAUUGGGCAAGGAGCUUAAGGUCAGGAGCAGGUAGUCAUCCUGUGGUCGUUAACAAGAAAAGUGAAAGAAUGCAUGGAGCAGCUAAAACAGUAAGUGGAAAUAAUAAGUUGCUUCAACUGGGAUGGAAAUGAAAAGACUACUUGGGCCGGGCUUGGAAUAUUAUUACUAGGUUAUGUAAUGUCUGAAUGGACAAACGGAGUUUUUAUAUAAGCAUUUAUGAUGGUAGGUCUGGGUGAGAUGUUUGUCUUUGAAAUAAAUGUUUGUCCAACAAAUGUUGCUUGUGUUUCUUAUUGCAAAUUUCAUGCCAUGGGCCAUGGGCAUAUAAUGAAACAGGAGAUAAUUA